CAGUGUCCUCUAUAAUAUAUCCUCCACUUUGUUAUGUGCUGUCUUCAUCAUAUCUGACCUUUUCCUACACGGUGUUGUGAUUCAAACUGAUCCGGAGUGCCAAUUUGCUUUGUACUGCGGGUAGGAUUUCAUAGCAUAGGUCUACUUUCGAGUUGAAUUUUCCGAAGAUUGCUCAGUUGGCGGAGCACUAGUAGAUCAGGUUGCUGGAGCUGGCAGAUCAUACCUACUGGCCACGAGGCCACGAGGCCAUUGUCAGAUAUGGGAACAUGGACGGCCCUUGUUCCAGCAAUCAUGUUUAUGACCACAAUCUUCACAACAUCGUCAUCAUCUGCUGUUGCUGUAAACUGCAGUGUUCCUGCUAUUGCUAAUGGUACUAGGGACAGGACGGAGGUGCAGUAUGCACACACUGCCACCUAUUCGUGCAACGGGGGUCUGAUGGUCGUGGGAGAUGCCACGCCAACUUGUGCAGCUGAUGGAAAUCUCACGUCGGUACCUUUCUGUGACACAUUAUCCUUCUUGUCGCUAAUGUCCGGCUCAGCUGGAAGUGCUGGUCUGGUCAGACUAGAUUGGAGUACUGGUAUUCCAAACACAACUCGGCUCUACUAUAGAAUUACUUUCGGAAAACACCGACCACUCUCAACCGCUACUACCUAUCAGCUUUCCUUGCUUGAACAAACCCCUACAGGUCCUGUCAGCAUCAGUAACAAACUAUUCACAUACAAUCCGGCUAUUCACACGGAAACCAGAGGUUUCUUCAGUUUUGCGGACUCUAAUGUGCUCAACUUACUUCAAAUGGGACAUGCCAUUCUUCAAGUGAAUCAUGUCAGCAAAAGCGAUGCUUCAUCGAUCAUGGCGGGGGAUAUACUCCGUGAUCCACACAUCUCCAAUGUUUCAUCUGCCUAUAGUGAUGAAAUGCUUGCUGUUGCAUCAGGUGGUGGCUCCCCGUAUGUUUGUGCCGCUCGUUCUGGCUUUGACGACGCGACACAGCGGCACACUGUGGUGCUUCAAUGCUCCCCCAAUGCCACUUUCUCAAAUGCGACAAUCACGUUCACCGGUCCAAUGGGCCAGGUCAUGGAGGUCACAAGUUUGAACGAAACCAAUGCGGUCGCGCCCAGCACCUAUGCUGUGAGAUUUGUGUAUCCCGGCAACAGCACCUUUGUCAAUGCAUUCGUCGGUACCACGACUAUUUCCAUCACGCUAGGUUCUGGGAUCAUCACCGGAGACUUCAUUAUCCCGGAAAAACAUCUGCACGCCGAUCUGACGGGCAUCACCGCGGGCAACCAGCUUGCUGCGUCAGCUGGCUACGCCAUCAUUGAUACUAAUAAGAAUAAGGUAUCUCUGAACAUCUUCUUGGCUGGUCUCCGCUCGGAUAUCACCAAGGCAACGCUGUACAGCAAGGAUGGUACGUACGAGAAUGACGUCACCUCUUGCUUCGACGAUGCAAUCUGCAUUACCAGUUUCGAUUGGCCAACGUUCGGCUCCGCUCACCAACUGACCGACAGUUAUCUCUACGUCAAUAUCAGCACCAAGAUGUUUCCUGACGGUGCUCUGCGCGGACAGUUUGCGCAAAGGGCUCUGGCCAUGAGCAUCUUCGACGCCAACCCUAUUGAACUAGUCGCAGCGCUGUCAGAGCAGCAAGCGAAUCCAUCCAAUCCCAUAGCAGUCGGCACUGGCGGUUCGGCAAGCUUCUGGAUUCUUCCACCAGAGAGAGCAUAUGCACACGUGAACGCUUCUUCUUAUCAAGUCCUCAGCAGAAUCAGUGUAAGGUCUCUCAGCCAAGUUCAACCAGCGGAUCUGGUCAAGGAAGUUAUCGUGUACGGCCCCGCUGUGGACGGAGCACGUCGUCUUCUCCUCACAUUUAGUCUGUUGAAUAGAAAUACAGGACUUCAAAUGUUCAACUUGUCCAUGGCUGAUGCCAUGGCAUUGAUGUCAGCUAACAUCACCAUCAGCUCAUUUAGGGUUUCACCCAUCAUUGGAGGCCUGCUCUACACUCGGCCGAAAGUCUUGGAUUCCUUCAUCAAUGGUGACCAAGCUAGGAGCAUGAAGACAACCGCUGCUGGUAUUGGCACUAUUCUCAUAGAUCGUUUCGGCACAUUCCACUUUGCGAUCUUGAUGGCUGGCUUCACAAAGAACGUUCGUUCUGUCAAGGCGUUCACCCGCAACUCCACCACGAACCCGACUGUGUCCGCACAAGUUGCUGAUUUCUUUGCUGAUUUCGAAGGACCGGAGCAAGCUCAUGGCAAGUGGUGGCCUGACGUUGCAUGGUUGCUGAAUGCCCUGAACGAUCGGUAUGAAAUCUCAGCCAGUACCGAGCUGCUUGGAACACCGGCAGAUAUCACCGGAGCCCUUUCUCCCAGCGUUGGCGGGGGAUUUGGAUUCUAUCACUUUGAUGGUCUUAUGCUGCCAACAACACCAGCCGAAUACAUGGGCUUCUCAUAUGUCUACAUGAGCUCAAACAACAGUAUUACGCUAUCCACUAUCAUUGUCGGUGACAAUGGCAAGGCUCACACCGUCCGUGUGGUGGACAGCAGCUCAAUUAUCUAUUUCAAGGUCAACAACACUGCAGUCAACUCCUCUAUACUAUCUGAAAGCAUCACCGACUGGAACAGCACAGUGAAGAAUAUGCUGACGGCGGGGCAGCUGUCUGUGCAAGCUCUGGAUCACAGUGGUACUGUGUUGCUGCAGAGAGCACUCAGGAUCAGUGAGAGAGUAUUCUCCGCUACGCUCACACCAGCAACACCGGGCACAGGCAGUGGCUAUGCCCAGUUCACUCUCCAUAGAGACGGCAGUCUUGUCUACAAGAUAUACAUGACUGGACUACUUGGUCUGACGAUGCUACCAACCAUUCAACUUGAUGCCAGCUCAACCAGCAGCAGCCAACUCUUCUCCCAACUGAGUGGAGUGAUUCUGCUUGAAGCUAGCCAUGGAACGUACCGCGCUGAAGGUCGUCUAGCUCUCUCGGACUACACGAACGGCACAGAUAUUUACCAGUUUCAUCAUCUGUAUACAUCUGUAAAGUGUACUGUUCACACCACUGGCGGUCUGACUCUGCAAGGUCACUUGCAAGCUGUAAACGAAGAUGACACCAUGGAGGAUGCUGAUCUUUUCUCACUGUUGACUGGCUCCCAAGUCACUCCCGUCCCCAUGACAACGUCCGCUGGUGGUACUGGAAUCUUCGAGGUUCAACAAGACGGUUCACUUCAUUUCCACAUCUCCGUUCGCAAUUUGACCAGCCCGAUCAUCAAUGCCUACCUGUCUGGCCCUGCUCUACGUGGCCAAACCGGGCCACAGAUCCUCGACCUGAUGUCAUACCUCAAUGGGUUUACGAUUCACGGCUUCUUCCAGAGCACCAACGACUCGUUUUUCCGUGAGCUGCUAGCUGGACAUUACUACGUCGUCGUGGCAACACAAACAAACCCAGGUGGCGAGCUGCGCGGGCAAAUCCUUACGCAGCGAAAAACCACCAGCAUCGUUCUGCAAUCCGGCGCCGCAAUCACGAAUUUGGGAGGUGCUGUUCGCUUUGAUCUGGACGACGUUGGUCUCCUGCAUGUGCGAGUUAAUUUCUUAGUCGUCCGCCAGCUAACUUCAAUCAACAAUAACAUCAGUACUGUCACUAUGACCGAUACCAGCAUGGCUUUCUCAACAGACCUGAGCCACUUUGCUGGUCAUGGCAGGAUCACUCGUGGCACGUUGCAGCCCUCCGCCCAGCAGUUGUAUGCGUUGUCUCAGCGGCGGGUAGUUGUCAACCUUGCUCCAUGUGCCACUUGUGGCCCGUUAUUGACUGGACGCACCGCCGCGUUCCGGCGUCCUGUCGUGCGCAGUGGCCCCCCCGUGGUCUAUCAAGCAUUGAUGUCCGGUGCAUCAAGACCAACGGUCACCACGAAGGCCGCUAGCUUGGCCUAUUUUGCUCUCGACAGCAAAAAUCAACUUCACUAUUCCAUCAAGAUAAACGGUCUCACCACAGGCGUCAUAUCUAUCCUUAUUCUGAAUAGCACCAACCAAGAAAUAUUUUCCCCGCCGAUUGCCAGCUACAAUACUGGAUUUGGCUGGAUCCAGGGGAUUUCCCCCAAGUUAUCUGCUUUCCAGCUCACCAAGUUAAACAACGGAGAGUGGCUUGUGGUGGUUACAACGGUCUUCUACAAGUUCGGUGAACUUGUCGGACAGAUCAAUCUGGAUGAACAUGGCCGGACGGCAAUUCUGGCAUCGGACUCUACAAGCCCAACUGGCGGGGCGGCAUUGGCGACGUUGGCAUUUGACUACUCUGGUGUGGCCCGCUUGCAGUUGCAAAUCACCGGUCUCUCUGGUCCUCUAACCCAGGCUCACUUUGGUGCCAACCAGACUACACCGAUUGGAGCAUCGUUGCUCAAUAACAUUACCAACACGCAUUCGGACAUCGUGCUCUACAAACAGGGUCCGCAUUGGUAUGAGCUGCUCAGUCGCAACCGCCUGCAGCUGAGUCUGGGCACACAGGCGAAUCCUGUCACGGAACUCAAUGGUCUCAUGGUACCAAAUAACACUCCACAAGACUUACAAUAUCGUGCCCUGCUCUCAGGCUCCGCCAUGGCCACUGUCGAUGGUAAACUGAACGCUUCGCAAACAGCAGCCGUCGGAAAGGCAACAUUCUUCUUUGACGGCGAAGGUAUCCGUUACAGUAUGGUCAUUCAAGGCUUGCUGGGAUUACCCAAAUCCAUCAGCCUCUAUCUCGACGGUCCCAUAGGAUAUUCUUCCAAACUCUCACCCGUCUACAACUUCAUGCCAAGUUUCGACGGUGCGAAUGCAAACGGUAUCAUCUCCAAUCCCAGUAAAGACAUGCUGAGUUCAAUAAGCAAUGGCACAGCAUAUAUUCUAGUGAUCACUGACAAGUUUCCUGACGGUGAGAUCCGAGGCAAUAUCGAACUGGAGCCAAGAGAGGUUAGAAUCCUGGCAUCACAAGCCAGUCCUUCACUUUCUCAUGUUCCUACAACCGGACUAGUUGCCAUAUGCACAUGUUUCCUGGCCAGUGUCGGUAUGCAUUGUGACAUGUACAGGAACAACGACACAGAAACCAUCACUGGCAUUCGUGUGUACGACGAGAAGUCGCGGCUUGUUGCAGAUCUUAGCAAGAGCUACAAAAGCUCGGAUUCCCGGUUCUACUUCCAGCCCGGCAUGGUAGAUGUGGCCAACAUUUAUGCUGGCAGGUACCACAUUGUCAUGGCAACAGCCACUUACCCAUUGGGUGAAAUCAGUGGCAAGAUUGUUGUCAGCCACUUCCGCUUCACCAACGAUCAUAACACUAACCACCACGCUCUGUUCAGAGGAUCGACAAGUCGGGGCGCGGGAUACGUGAAGAUAAACCGAUAUGAAAAGGACAAUUAUGAGUAUGAGGGAUACAUUGAUGGGGAACUUCCCAGGUGGUGCAAUAUUGAGCUUGGAGGUGGAACCAUAAUAGCACAACUCGGUCUGAAUGGACCCAAGAUCAAAGGCACUGCUCAACUACCGGACUACGUUUUCACACAAAAGAUGAUAAUGUCUUGUAAAAUGGUCGACUACACUGAUUGGGAGGGAAACAUCGUCCUUGCAAUGGAAAGUUUCAUUGGAUUGCUGAAUGGUGGAAGUGUUGUUGGCUCGCCCCAAGCCACUGCCUCUGCCGGUAUUGUGGCUAUGCACACGGACACCAAUCUCAACCUCUACUACACUGGGCGUAUCUCCAACAUAAGCGAGGCUAGUUUUGGUUCAAUGCAGAUGUCUUUCUCUGAUGGACCGCAACUCCUCAUGGCUAACACAACCGCGGCCCGUGGUAACUUUGCACUCAGCACCAAGCAGCUGAAUGAGCUGUACACUUCAAGCGCCAGUAUUGAUGUCAGGCCGCCACCAAGCAACUCCACUGGCUUUACACCUAGUCUGCUGGCUGGCCGAGUAGUUCGAUUCGGGCCGUUGCAGGACCUAGAGAACUACCUCCGAGGAAUUACGACUCUAACAGGUCAGUUGAAUCUUGCCAUAACACCAGCAUUUUGCCAGUCUCCCAACUCCUCCAGCUGCCAAGGUCAGGGUGGCCUACUGCAGCUCAGAUACAACCAAACCAGCUUACGGCUUACGAUCAGUCUGUACGUGGGAGGACUUGCCAACGGGAUUGAACAGUGUGGAUUCUGGUCUUCAGGCAAACUGAUCAUUGAUCUCAUGCCCUUGGUGGGAAAAGGAGUCUAUGCGGGCUCGGUCUUUCGCACAAUGAAUGUCUAUCUUAGCCGUCAGCAGCAGGACCUCUUCAAGGACAACAAGGUUGAGUUCCGCACAUAUUCGCUUUCCCACAGCAAUACCCUUGGGCAAUUUGGUUCUCUGGUCUACAACGAAGUUGUCCAUUCAGUCAGCAGACAGGCACUAGCUAUCACUGUCAAGAUCAAGGAGAACACGCCCAACGUGUUUGUAGCCAUAAUCCCGGACAACUUCAUGUUCCGAGCGCCCGGCUUUCUCACCUACAAGUUUUCCAGCGGCGACACCAUCAAUAACAUCAGCGUCUUCACGACGUAUCCGAACGGCACGCUAUACACGGGAAUCAAUGGCAGCUACGUUCCCGACUACGAAAUUGCGAGCGUAAUGAACGUCGAACUGGAUCUGUACGUCAACAACCAGUUCCAUACCCAGCUUAAUGUGACGGUUGACAUCCUUGAUAUCAACGACAACUACCCUGUUUUCACCAGUGCCUCUAAUGUGACCGUCAAUGAGGACAUCGGUCUUGUGCCAGACUCGGCAGUCAUUACCACGAUUGAGGUUUCUGACAGUGACAUCACUGCUAUCUAUGGAUCACCACUUGUCAGCAUUCUGAAUGCAACCAACGAAAUCGGCAAGGACAGAACAAGCUAUUUCUCUCUCAGCCAGCCGAAGGCCGGCGGCCCAGCUAGCAUCAACCGUACUAAAGUACUGGAUUACGAAAGCCCUGGUGAUCGCUGGUUCAGGCUGGAGUUGCAAGCAAUCGACGGAACGCCGCAAGACAAUAAUCGCAAGUCCUCAGUCACCACAAUCUUCAUCUCGCUGAAUGACCUGAAUGACAACCGUCCUAUGUUUGACCAGAAGUUCUACACCGCCAAGGUCGAGAAGACAUUAGCAGUGGGGCUAGUUAUACUCUCGAUUGCCGCUACUGAUGCGGACUCUCUUCUAAACAGUCAGCUAGCCUGCAGUGUUGCGACAACAGACGGUUCCCCGCCUCAUCUCUUUGCCGUCAGCACAGUGAAGGUGGGCAGCCGGUACGUCUGUGAACUCAAGCAUAAUGCCAAGCUGGAGUUGGAGUCACGUCGCCACUACAACCUCUCACUGACGGCUAUAGACAUGGGACGCCCAAUGCUGAGCCAGUCCGUCCCAGUGCAUGUACAAGUGGUCGAUGAGCCGUUCAAGCUAGUCGUGCAAUUCCCACCGCCUUUCCUGACUGUUUACAACUCGUCAUUUCUCAUCAGCAGUCUUGGCAACAUGGCGAACUUCAGCUUCACGACGAACAAUGCAAAUAGUAUGAGCAGUGUGGCAUUUGAAUGUCGCAUAAUCCAAUCUCAGCAGGCUUGUCGCUACCGCCGUGCUGCAAUUAGUGCGUGCUCCAAGACAUGCGGUCAGGGUACUCGCACAGUCACUCUCGUUGGUCAGUCGCAUGACCCCCCGGUCACAGACCCUGCCUGCACGUUCAAGAUCAUCACGGAACCGUGUCAGAUCAACCCAUGCCCAGGGUCUUCGAGCAGUAGCACACCGGUCAGCAGUCAUCACGGCAUGAUCCCGUGUGGUCUGCAUCUAUACUGUGAGGAUCUGGAUCAAUACAGUGAUAUAGGCAGCAAUAAGACUGAAUUUGUGCCUUGCAUCACCGGUGCUGGUCCCACUGCACCAACUGGAACAUAUACACAGAGUAAUCUGGCCGCUGGAACCUAUGCAUUCCAAUUGAGAGCUCUAGUCAACAUCACUCUCCCGGCAACUGGCGACUCUUUCACCGGCUACAGCAACACUAGCCUUCUCUUCACAGUUGGUAUGUGA